AUGGACGCGGACCAGCGACCCCCGCCUCCUGACGUGAGCAUGAUCAGGAACUGGCGCUCCAUCCUCACCCUUAUCGUUUUUGCCAUUACCAACACCGUUGUCAGCUUUCCGUUCCACAUCCCCAUACCUGUCCCGAGAGCGGCGUGGAACGGGUUCCUAGGAGGGCUUUCUAGCCUGCACCUCAUCUCCCGGCCUGAUGAUGGGGCCAAGUCAGGCCGUUGGAAGGUCCUGAGGCUGCACAUCAGCACCAUCACGGCGCCCCUCUACGCAUGUCUCUUGCUGCUUGCCUGCCAGGCCAUCGGACGCGAUGAAGUCUACGCUGGCACUGUCGGCGCCAACCACGUCGAGCCCAUCGAUGUCAUGGUCUUCUUCAUCACCUUGGCAUACAUCGCCAUAUCCAUCGACGCCUCGGGUCUGCUCAGGUACCUCGCCUACAGGGUCCUCAAGAAGAGUGGUGCCCAUGGCCGGCGGCUGUACACUUAUUUGUAUUGGUUCUUCUUUGCCGUCGGGACGGUUAUUGGAAAUGACCCCAUUGUGCUAUCUGGCACGGCCUUUUUGGCCUAUAUGUUUAGGGCCUCGAGCAACAUGUCGUCGGCCCGGGCCUGGAUCUUCUCGCAGUUCGCCGUGGCCAACAUCAGCUCGGCCAUCCUUGUGUCGUCGAACCCGACGAACCUGGUGCUUGCGGGCGCCUUCCAGAUCAAGUUCAUCGACUACACGGCCAACAUGAUCGUGCCGGCCGUGGUGACGGGCCUCGUGCUGUGCCCGUGCCUGCUCUUCCUCGUCUUCCGGUCCGAGAAGCUCGUGCCGCGCUCAAUCGACAUGCACACGCUCUCCGACGCCGAGAAGGAGCGCGAGCCCGUGAACCCCAACGUGCCCUUUGCCGGCUACGGCGAGGACCGCACGCCCGUGGGCGAGAUCCUGAACCCGUACCUGGACCGCCGCCACGCCAUCGUCAGCUGCGCCAUCAUGGCCGCCACCCUCACGUCGGUGCUGCUCAUCAACGCCAUCACCGCCUCCCGCGGCGGCGACCCGACCCCGGUCAUGUACGUCACCGCCCCGGCCGCCUUCCUCUGCUUCUGCCACGACAUGUGGUCCGGCUGGCGAUCCCGCCGCGAGACGCGCGACGUCGCCGCCCGCGGCCGCGCCCUCGCCGAGCGCGCCGCUGUCGAGGAGGAGCUGCGCGCCAGGGCGGCGGGACCAGCGACAGCCGCCGUCGUCGCCUCGGCCGACAACGGCAGAAGCAGCAGCAGCAGCGACAACGGCGCCGCCCCCAACCCGGCCGCCUCGUCCUCGGACGGCGAAAAGAUGGGGGGGCCGCCGUCGCCCUGGGGUGAGAAGCAGCACAGGGACCGGGCCGCGGCCGUGACGCGCGAGCUGGAGCAGCGGCGCGCACAACAAGGCGCGCGGCCCGCGACGCUCGUGUCGGCGGCGCGCCACGCAAACAUGUGGUGGCGCGACACCUUCCCCGCGGCCUCGACGGUCCUGACGCGCCUGCCCUUUGCGCUCGUGCCCUUUGCCUUUUCCAUGUUCAUCCUGGUCGAGGCGCUCGUGACCAAGGGAGGACGGGCGUCGUGGGCGCCAUCGCCGGCAUGGGGUUCCUGGGCGUUUUCCUGUCCAACGUGA